GCCAUCUUGCCUCCUGGGGACAGAGAUACGCAUUCAGAUCACCCCAACCCAGCUCUGGAGACAACUGUCCAGUCCCACGUGGCCGAGCUGUCCCCUCAGCUGACAUCCAGCCGUCGCCACCCAGCUGGCAUACUUAUGAGGAUCUGCCCCCAGACCCUAACGUGAGAGCCAAAGCUGGGACAGUACCUGGGAAGGGGCGCUCCAGCAUCACCCAGACCUGGCAAGAAAAAUGAUACUUGAUAACCCUACCCUGCGUCUGAGCACAGGGAUGUACCUUUUGAGCACCCCCCCAUAAUCUUUUGGUAGAAGACGUAUUAAUACUUGUGUGUUUACCCAAAACCAUAGUCUGGAAAUUAACAGGAAGUUACCAUUGUUUACCUCUGUUGGGGAAGGGGGAGACUUGGUGUGAUUUUUAUUUUCACUGUAUUUAGCAAUAUUCUACUUUAUGUAAACCCCGUAGAUGCAGUCCCGCCCGAAGGGGUGGGUAAGUAAGGGUGGUAGUCUCCCCAGCAGGCCUACCUGCGGGACAUUGAAAACCUGGAGGAGGGGGGAAGCUCCCUCACACUCACUACGACUGGACAAAUGGGAGAAGUCAAACAGAAGUCAAACAGGCCUGCCAGGCUAAAGGUCGAGAAGGACAGACAACCUUUGAGAAGCGGCCGGGGCCCUUGGCUCGUUUCGCGCCCUUGGGAACUCCUUUCUACGUGUCCUUCCAAAGAAGCCCCUCCUCGGGAAGCCCCGCGCCCCACCCACCCAGAGUCCGCCUCUCUGCGGGCGGGGCCGGGCUGGGUUCCAGGAACUCUUAGCUGGGUACCGACUCAAGAAAAUAUGCCCCUAUGACCGGGAGCCAGCCGGUGCAGCGUUCUAUUAACACGGCCUAACAGUCCCCGGGUAGCCCCACCUCUGGCCGGGUGGACGGUGACGGCCUGCUGGCGGGCGUGGCCCCUCAAGGACUGACAGGCUGAGAGUCCCAGCAUCCUACUCAGCUGGGCCGCUCCCGAGCUCUCGAGGGGAGCUCCCCGGCCUCCCUCGUUCUGGAGUUCUGCUCUUGCUACUGGCUGGGGAGGACAAAGGGUUUCUGCUCAAAUAUCUGUUCAGAAACAGCCCCACCCCGUCCUCUCACCCACAGGGUCCUGCCGCCCCUUGAAAUCCCCUAACUGGGACAAGGAACUUUCGGGGACCAAGGUCCGUACCCUCUCUCCCUCCUCCCACGGAAACAGCCCAAUAGGCCACCACCACCACCUGACCCGAGCAGCCGCGGAUGACAACCGCGCCGCGCCCAUGCUUCCGAGCCAGGAUCCACCUCGGCUCCUGCCGGCACUGGGAAGCCCACCCACCCUCUGCACUAACCUGGCCGCCUCGGCUCGUCCCGGAUUCCCACGCCCGCCCGGCUCCACUGGGUUCGCGCUGCUUCCGGGUGUGCGCGGAGCGCAGGGGCGGCGCCCCAGUGCGAGCCGCCCCUUCUGUCCCGGCGUCCCGCCCCUCGGGCUCCCCGCGGUUCCUUCCCACCACUGUCCUCCGCCGCCAGUCCCCAGUCUCUGGGCAAAACCCACCUGGUCCGCUGAGCAGCGGAACCCCCACCCUGCUCCCGGCCAUGGCGGAGCCUGGAGAACAACUGCCGGAGGAGGUGCUGGCACUCAUUUUCCGUCACCUGCCCCUGCGGGACCGCGCCGCUGCCGCGAGGGUUUGCAGAGCUUGGGCUGCCGCUGCCACCUGCAGCACUGUGUGGCACAACACGAACAUCAGUUGCGACUGUGAGCUAGAAGGCAUGCAGCCGCAGUACCUGUCCGCUUGCCUGGACCACGUUCAGAAUCUACGUCUGGAAUUUGUGCCGUCCAGGGAGCCGAGCCGCCUGGCGGCCAUAGAGUUGCUGACCGCACUGGCUGGCCGUAACCCCGAGCUGCGAGGCCUGUGCCUGGAGUGCCGCGGAGAAAAGCGGCUCUUCGACUCGGGUCGCGACGUCCUGGACGCCGUGCACGCCCUCUGUAGGGCCGCCCGCGCGCUGCGCCACCUCGACCUAAGGCGCUUGCCCUUCACACUGGACGACGCGCUGGUGCUGCAGGUGGCACACGGCUGCCCGGAGCUCUGCAGCCUUUUCCUGGAUAACAGUACGCUGGUGGGCAGCGUGGGGCCAGGCUCCGUGCUGGAGCUACUAGAGGCCUGCCCCUGCCUGCGCGCCCUCGGCCUGCACCUGGCCAGCCUGUCGCGCACCGCGCUCGAGGCACUGGCGGCGCCAGACCGCGCACCUUUUGAGCUCCUGGCCCUGCGGUGCGCAUGUCCCGAAGACGCACGCGCGUCGCCCCUGCCUAAUGAAGCCUGGGCCGAGCUGAGCCGCCGCCACCCUGGACUGGCCGUAGAGCUGGAGCUGGAGCCGGCUCUGCCUGCCGAGAGCGUGACACGCGUCCUGCAGCCUGCUGUGCCCGUGGCUGCGCUGCGCCUCAGCCUCUCUGGGGACACCGUAGGCCCGGUGCGCUUCGCAGCGCGCCACUACGCCGCAACCUUGCGCGCGCUCGAGGUGCGCGCUGCCGCCUCUGCCGAGCUGGACGCCGCGCUGGAGGAGCUGGCAGAGCGCUGCGUGGGCCUGCGCGAAGUGCACUGCUUCUGCGUGGUGCGACCCUCCGUGCUGCAUGCCUUCCGCACGCACUGCCCGCGCCUGCGCAGCUACACGCUCAAGCUGACGCGGGAGCCGCAUCCCUGGCGGCCCACGCUUGUGGCGUGAGGCGACAAACCCUCUUUCCCCUCCCUGCGGACGUGUGGCCUCUGAGAUGCUGCGUGGGUUUGCCCCGGGGCGCGUCAGCUGCUAGUCCGCUCCUUUAGGACUCUGUUCUCUUGUCCCUCUCGAGAAUUGGGGGCUGUGGGAUGGCGUCAGUACCAGCCCGGAGCAACCUGAGUCCACUCGUUGCUGUCAACAUCUGCAGACACCCACUGUCCCCGCCAUACGGGGAUCACCCUCCUCCAACCCCAGUCCUCUGCAAACGUUGCUCGGCGGCCCCGGCGUGGGAGGAGGGAGGGCACUGGUUCAAAGCAUGCCUCAGGGUUGAGUGUGAAAUAAAUCAAGCAGUAUCUCUA